UAGUCACCUACAGCCACCUUUGAAAAACACGGAGAGCACCUACCCCGAGGAGAUGGUAGAUUUGGAGUAAGCCGUCGUCGACAUAAUUCCUCUGAUGGCUUUUUUAACAAUGGACCUCUACGAACGACAGGAGAUUCCUGGCACCAGCCCUCCCUGUUUCGGCACGAUUCUGUGGACUCUGGUGUCUCUAAGGGAGCAUAUGCUGGAAUCACAGGGAACCUAUCUGGUUGGCACGGCUCUUCCCGAGGUCACGAUGGCAUGAGCCAGCGUAGUGGGGCUGGCACAGGGAACCAUCGCCACUGGAAUGGCAGCUUCCACUCCCGGAAAGGCUGUGCCUUUCAGGAAAAGCCACCUACAGAGAUUAGGGAAGAGAAGAAAGAUGAUAAGGUAGAAAAGUUGCAGUUUGAAGAAGACGACUUUCCUUCUUUGAAUCCAGAAGCUGGCAAACAGAAUCAGCCAUGCAGACCUAUUGGGACCCCUUCUGGAGUGUGGGAAAACCCACCUAGUGCCAAGCAGCCCUCCAAAAUGCUAGUCAUCAAAAAAGUUUCCAAAGAAGAUCCUGCUGCUGCCUUCUCUGCUGCAUUCACCUCACCAGGAUCUCACCAUGCAAACGGAAACAAAUUGUCAGCCAUGGUUCCAAGUGUUUAUAAGAACCUGGUUCCUAAGCCUGUACCACCUCCAUCCAAGCCCAGUGCGUGGAAAGCUAACAGAAUGGAACACAAAUCAGGAUCCCUUUCCUCUAGCCGGGAGUCUGCUUUUACCAGUCCAAUCUCUGUUACCAAACCAGUAGUACUGGCUGGUGGUAUAGUUUUAAGCUCUCCCAAAGAGAGCCCCACCAGCACCACUCCUCCAAUUGAGAUCAGCUCCUCUCGUCUAACCAAGUUGACCCGCCAAACUACUGACAGGAAGAGUGAGUUCCUGAAGACUCUGAAGGAUGACCGGAAUGGAGACUUCUCAGAGAGCAGAGACUGUGAGAAGCUGGAGGAUUCAGAGGACAACAGCACACCUGAACCAAAAGAAAAUGGAGAGGAAGGCUGUCAUCAGAAUGGUCUUGCUCUCCCCGUAGAAGAUGAAGGGGAGGUCCUCUCUCACUCUUUGGAAGCAGAGCACAGGUUAUUGAAAGCAAUGGGAUGGCAGGAGUAUCCUGAAAAUGAUGAGAAUUGCCUUCCCCUCACAGAGGAUGAGCUCAAAGAGUUCCACAUGAAGAUAGAGGAGUUGAGAAGAAAUGGCUUUGGGAAGAAUGGCUUCUUGCAGAGUCGAAGUUCUAGCCUAUUCUCCCCUUGGAGAAACACUUGUAAAGCAGAGUUUGAGGACUCAGAAACGGAAACAAGUAGCAGUGAAACAUCUGAUGACGAUGCCUGGAAGUAGGCAUAUAAAUGCUUACUGUUAAAUCUGACCCAGUAAACUCAGCUUGUGUGUUU